UGCCGCCUCGUCGCCAUGGCGACGCGGGGCGGCCAUGUUGGGGCGGCCCCGCCCUCACCUGCGCUGCCCGCAGGUGAGCCGCCAUGUUGCGGCUCUGAGCGGAGCGGGAUGCGGUGCGGGGCGGCAGCGGCCGCCGGCCGCCUCCUCCUGCCGCGGGCCGUCUUGCUGCUGCUCGGUGUCUGCAAUGCCCUUUGCCUGGAAAUUAAAGCCAAUUCUAAAGUGCAAGCUUUCAUUGGUGAGCAAGUGUCGCUGAAAUGCUCAUUCAGAUCCAGUUCUCCCAUCAGUGAGAGCCUGACAGUGGACUGGACAUACCAGCCCCUCACGGGUGGUCAGAUGGAGACGAUUUUUCAUUAUCAGUCUGUUCCAUACCCAACAACAGUGGGAAAGUUCAAAGGCAGGAUAUCCUGGCUUGGGAACGUGGCCAAGGGCGAUGCUUCCAUUGCCAUCCAAAGCCCAGCAGUAAGUGACAAUGGGACGUUCAUCUGCAGCGUGAAGAAUCCUCCAGACGUGUACCACAACAUUCCUCAGACGAUGCUGAUAGUUACAGAGAGGGGCCUUUCCUUCCAGCUGACUUCAGCGGCGCUGCUGUCCAUUUUAGUGUUUCUCCCUUCCGUCAUUGUGGUCGUCCUGCUCUUGGUAAGGAUGGGAAGGAAAUUUGGAGUGCUAAAGGAGAAAAAAAAGCCUGGCUGCAAGAAAUCCUCCAUUGAAGUGUCUGAUGAGCCUGAGCAGGCAGAGCCAGACAGCUGCUUGGGGAAGCUCAAAAACUGGUGUCUCAACUGUGUGGACACGGACGAGGAAGACCCCUACUGAUGAAAGACUGACGCUAUGGAUGGAACGAACAAAACUACAGCACUGAAAAUCAUGGCUAGAUAGGUAUGAAGGCUGAUGAGUGACCAAUGCAGACUGAAGGACCCGCUCUAAUCUUGGUACAUCGGAAGAAUAAUGUUGAUGGGAUAACUCUCCUUUAUUCAAGCACAAACUAAUGAUGUUUUGAAGUUCUUACCCUCACUUUUCCAGUGCCUACAGACACCUCAGUGCCUACAGACACCUCAGUGCCUACAGACACCUCAGUGCCUACAGACACCUCAGUGCCUACAGACACCUCAGUGCCUACAGACACCUCAGUGCCUACAGCCCUUCAACCUGUUUCCUGCCAGCAGUCCGACAAUCCAUAUUUCUUAGCUUACUUGCAAGUUUGUUCCCAUCACCUGUUCUCCGUACCCCUGAACUGGAGUUGCCUGGAGCUCAGGGUACUCCGGAGUGAUCGCCACUGGACAUUGACAACGUUUUUUCUCUUUUUUUUUUUUUUUGGAACAUAUCUGCUAAGGACUUAGACCAGUUUGUUCGCAUUGGUAUGUGGCGUCCCUUGUGUUGGAGCAAAGAGAAUCUGCUCCUUGUUAAUGAUUUCUUGCUUUAAUCUGCCACUUAAUUACAGGAUCACCAUUUUGUUCCUCCUGUUCUCUGAUUCUGUUUUUAAGCCACCAACCGCACAGUAGUGCUGCCUUGCAUUGUUGGGUUUUAUCUUUCCCUUUUUUGUUAGUGUUUGUCCAACAGCUGCAUUACUAGGUACAUCUACUUCUAUUUGUCGAAGUGAAGCACAAUCCAUAUAACACUAAUUUCUUUAAAUCAGAAAUGCAAAUGGGGACUCUAUCUGGGGAAACAUAACCCCAUCUACCUCAACCAGUGACUCAAGCAGUGUCCGAAGGAAUGCUCCGUGUUUGGAAGAACAGUCGUGUUCCUCCUCUCGUCUUCUAGGUACCGUUGUAGGGAAACAGCUAAACGUGCAUCUUGGCUGCCUGCUAAGAAAGAGGGCUUUCUCUUUUACCAACCUUGUCCGAUAAGGGAUGGCAGAGAGCAAUGGAGUUCAUGUUUGCUCGAUACCUAAACAGCUGCUGUUUUCUGCUCCUCUCUGUGUGUGGCGUUGCUCACAUAGUUUGCUUUUACACGUGUGUUAGAAGUUUACUGUUGACUCUGUGCCAUUACCAAUAAACUGCUUUGUUUCA